CAGAAAAGAAAAUAACGAAGAACUCAAACCUCCUCACUCUCUCUCUCGACAGACCUAAAACCAAAACCCGAAUCUCCUCACCUCACUCUCCCGACAGCGUCUCCCCAAAACCAAAACCUACACUUGAAGUCCAUCGGAUCCAAGACCUUUGUUCUACAGUCUACACCGACACCAAAUUCAUCGGAUCCAAAACCAAAUCAGUAGACCUCGCUCCUCUCUCCCUCUUAUCUUCUACACCUAUACCCCAAAUCCAUGUCUCCAACAACCAAAUCAGUUUCCGCAUCAAACUAAUCUGAGAGGAGCCUCUCCGGCGUCAAAGAUGACGUCGUCACCGGCAGCCAAACUCCCUUGGCUUAAAUCGAGCCUUCACUUUCCAGCACCAAUGGUAAGAGGACCAAGAGGGAGGUCAUCGGGCUCAAAGUGGAGGGUCCGAAGAUCAGAAUUAGAGCUCUGGUCGAAGGCGGAGGUGAAAUCUGCUUUGGUCGAGAGCAGCGGAGGCGCUCAUGUGAAUACUGAAAAGAAAGACAAAGUUAAUCGGACUUCCUCUUUUUGUCGCUUCAACCUCCCCUUCCGAUGCCCCACUACUAGUGGAUUGCGAGGCAACUCUUUGACUGGAGCACUGUCCCCUGAUACGUGUCAAUUAACUGGUCUGUGGUACUUUGAUGUUAGAGGCAAUAACCUGACUGGCCCGGCGUCUUGUAUCAGAUCACCAAAAUCAAUCUUUACAAGGAUGGUAGGCAUGGAAAGGCUUGGGGAGUCGUUCAUAAGGAAGGUGGGUUUUACAUUUCAUGGAAUUGGCCUUUUUCUGUGCUCGAUUUUAGUUCUAUUUGCAUCAGUAGUAUUUAGCUUUGUUGCAUUAUUAGAUAGGAUUGGUUUCGAUACUUAUUUCGUAUAAGAGUUUCUAGUGUGAAGAAGUGACUCAAGGGAAUUAUAAUUGUCUACCAGUUGGUUGGUUUUGCUAGUCGAAGUACCAGGGUCUACUCAAUUAGGCUUACUACUCUGAUCAAUGUUUGUUUUCUGAUGGGUUGUGCAUUUCAUUUUGAUCCUCUAUGUACCAUUUGUCUUGUGGUGGCCGAAUUUUGAUAAUUCCAUGUGGGAUAUCUCUUAAUAAUUAUCUUCUUUACAUUCAUUUGGAACAUGUCCUGAAUGGUUGGGAAUUGGUGCGUCUAGGUUUUGGUCCAAAGAAUUGUUUAGGAAACUGGUUAGAAAUACUUGCAUAAGAGAUUGAACAUGCAUCUUGUAAUUUGCAAUUGCCCCAGACUGAAGUUCUUAGGAAAAGUCCUAAGAUUUAUUUUGAUUUUAAGUUUUUGGUGCAUAUUGAUGGUUCAUUGUCUUCUAGCUUUGGACCUUUGUUAUUGUGAGGUUUAGUUGGGCGGUUCUGUUUUGUUGUUCUAGUGUUGUUAGAUUCAUCAAGUGCUCUUGCCAUGAUAAUUACUACUCAUGAAGAUUAGUGUGCUAUGUAUUCUGUGAGCCAAGUAGAAUAAGCAACAUAUCCAAUACUCUGCAGUCUUGUUAAAAAUAAAUAAUGCCUUAAUGGCUCUACAUUUUAACACACACAAUUAAUACUUAUCAUGGCAAGGUUGAAAGCCCUUUGUAUAUGAAAUAGAAGCUGUAUCUCUCCAUGUGUAUGAUAGUUUGUCCAAUGAUAGUUUAUCCUAAAGUUGACCAUUCCUAUUUUCCAUUUAGUGGUUUGUUGAUUCAAUUUCUUUGAAUUCAUUCUCUGAUUUGUUGAUUUUUAUUUUUGUAGACUCGGUAAUUUAAAUCUUGAAAAGCUUUACAUGAUUUGGGGUUCUGAUUGUCGUUAAUUUGAGCUGUGUUUCAGUGUUAGUUUGGCAUUCUUUGGCAGAAAAAAAAGAAAAAAAAAAUAACUCAACUGGCUUGCCUCUGCAAACUAUAAGAGAAUUUAUCUGAAUGAUGAAAUUGAGAUAUAUGUGCUCUUAAAAUCCUUUAUCCAUACAGGUUUAGUGAAAAAGAAGCAGUUUUUUUUCGUAAUUUCAUUACUAUUGUAAUGUUUGGUGCUAUUGGUACAUUAGUGUCCUGCACCAUCAUAGCAUUUGGUACGUUUCACAACUCUCUAGCUAGAUAAGGUUUCCAUGAUGUGAAGUACGUAUAACAUUAGUGAUUUAUGAGUCAAAGUUGUUCUAGUGUGAUACAAACAUUUGAAUAGUUAAGCAUAUACUAAAUCUUCAGGUCAAAGAAGUAAGUUGUUGGGUAUGUACAUGUCUGUUCAUAAUCUUAGAACGUUAGAGCUAUGGUUUGGAAUGAUUUUUGUUUACAAAACGAGUUUGGUUACUGCUUUUGCUUUGUGACAUGGCUCACAUCAGUGGACUUGUUUAUGCUCAGGUGUGUUUUGGAUCCUUUGUGUUCCAAAAUUAUAGUAUUGUCAAUUAUUCAAGAUUUGCUCAAGUAUUGUCAUUGGCAAUGCAUAUUGGAGGCAGUAAUCUUUUUGAUAAAGCAGCUGCUUUGCAUAUCUUAGCUUCCAUAUGCACAGAUGGAUUAGCGCUUGUAGGAAUUAUGUCAUUCCAAAUGAUGCAUGCAUUACGGCUAUCCGUUCCCUUGAAUUUGGUGAAACAUGGAGCACUUAAAGAAGCUUUAGAUAUAGUCCAGUUUGUUGUUUCCUUUCCUAAAUGAUGAGAACAUGUAUAAAUUCAGUAUUUCAUUGACCACAUAUGUGAAUAAGUAUGUUGUUUCCUUUUUUCUAA